AUGAAAUUUUUGCAAAUCACUGAGAUCCCAAAAUCUCUUAUUGCCACACGAUGGCUGAAGACUAAUUUUCUGUAUGUAGAUUCUAUUGCUCUGCUUAAUUCAGAGAUGUUCCAUUUACCAACGAAAGAGCGCCACUUCACAAAGUUGAUACAAGACUGCAAUGAAUUGGCAGUCGUUGCAUCCGCGAGUGAGAUGCGAUACAGUAAGGCCAAGGAGGAUAUUAAAAAGCUACUUGCAGCAUUGAAAUUAUUGGAAAUUGAUGCCAAUCUACCGCCUGAAAUAUCUGAAAACAACAGCAAAGAGGAGGAAAUAUAUGCCACUGAAGAAGAUGAUGACGAAAUAUAUGCCACCGAAGAAGUUGAUGACGAAAUAUAUGCCACUGAAGAUGAAGAUGACGAAGACGAACAAAAUAAAGAAGAUGAGGGGGACCACAAUGAAAGGGAUGAUGUGAAUGACAAUUUGGACGACUUUGAAGGCAAUGGUUGGUCAGAUAUGGUGGAGGACGAAUAUGAUGGUGCUUGGUCACAAAUUUAA